AUGCGAAUUAUGCAAUGCGGCAGGAUUGGAUUGAAAAGGUGGGUGCAGUGCAGUGCAGUUGGAUGGAUGGACCGGGAAGUAAUGGUGGCGCCCGCCCGUGCUCGUGCUCGCCUCGGGGAUUCGCAUGGCUGGAUGGCGCUACACCCCAUUCUCGAGAAGGGCAAGCUUGUUCAAGGCCUGUUGAGAGAGUGGCAAGCGAAAAACAUCAAGAAGAUUCUCACGAGCUUUGCAGCACUCAGCCAAGCACGGCGCCGUCGCCGCCUCGUCCUCGUCUCGCCGUCGCCGCCUCGUCCUCGUCUCGCCGUCGCCGCCUCGUCCCCGUCUCGUCGUCGCCUUGAACAACAGGAGUUCCGUCCGGCGCUGGAGCUGAGCCUGGAGAUUGUCCCUACUCUUGUGAGAGUCGCGAGGACGAGCUUUCCCCCUCUUGAGAUCCGGUGUCUAAUCCAUUUUUCAAGCAUGCGGUUCCUAAAACCUCCCUCCAAUCAAGUACAUGCAAAAGUUCGCGAAGAUAACCGAUUUUACCCUUACUUUAAGAUGAUUUCUUUUAACUCUUAUGUGUCAAUCUUACAAGAUAAGAUGUUUAGAGGUUCUCCUAAGAUAGUAGCUUUAUCUAAAGCUGCUCAAAAGAAGGCUUCUCCUAAAGCUGCAAAAUCAAAGAAAUGUGGUGGUGUUGAGAGAGCUGCAUGGAAUCUUGAAUUAGAGAAGAGUCUUGUUGACUUGUAUACAUUGCAUACAUUUCCUAGAGUUAAGAAGUUCCGCAAGAAGUCUUUUCCUCUCUUUGAUGCCUUGGGUGAAUUAUAUGAUGGUCACAUUGCACAAGAGACUUGGAACAUUACAUCUACUCAACCACUACAAAAUUCUGAUGAAGGAGAAAAAUUUAAAACCAUAGAAGUGGAAGAUGAAGAUACUAAUGAACCACAAGUAGAGGCGAGAAUAGAACAAGAUGAAGAUAUAGUAAUUGUUGAAAGGGUUGAACAUAGGUUACCUAAAAGGUCAGGUGCACCAACUGUCAAUCAAGAGGAGACAAAGAGAGUGAGGAAAGAUGCACUAGAAGGGUUGAUAGGGAGGUACCUUGAUGUGAAAACAAAGCAAGUUGCAGAUGAGGCUGCACAAUCAACAAAAGAGAAGGAAGUUGCUCAAGAUAAUGAUUUUUCUAUUAAGAGGUGUAUUUCUGUUCUUAAGACUAUGGAUAUCACAAGAGAUGAGAAGAUCAAAGCAACGAAGGUGUUUAACACACCAAAUUACAGAGAAACAUUUAUUUGUUUCAAUGAUGAUGAGCCAGAAGUCGCUCUCCUUUGGCUAAGGGGGAAGAUGGAUAAACUCUAAAGGUAAGAUUCACAAUAUCUCUGAUUAGUUGUCUAUUUUGAGUGGUGCAAUAAUGUUGAUCAGUUUAGUACUCUGUUUUGAUCAGUUUGGCUGCAAAAUUAAUUUUGAAUUGUUGAUACUCUGUUCAAAUGAUCAACAUGACCGAAUGAUUGUCAUGAUGUUUAUAUCAUGAUCACUUGGAAAUUAACAAUAAUGU